AGAUUGUACCCCGUAUCCCUGCGCCCUCCUCAUCUCCCAUCACUCUGGUCCGAGGGGUCCCAGAGGUUUUUUGUCUGCUUCUUUCUUGGAUUUCUGGAGCCUCCCUGACUUUACAGAAUUUCCACUGUACCCACCUGCACUUUUUUUUUACUCCUCUGCACUUUUAUUGGGACACGGCUCAAGAUGCCAGAGCCCACAAAGAAAGACGAGAUGCCAAACGGCCAGCCGGAAGAAAGUGUUGCCCCGUCUCUACCUGAGAUUUCCCUGGAGGUCUCCCCACCCCCAGAGGCAGAAGCAGAGGGGAAAGAGCCGCUAGAGACUGAUGGGAAGGAGGCCGAGCCCACAGAGCCUGACGCGUUACAGGCCGUGGGGGCUCAGGACGGGAACGGCUCAAAGCGGCGGCCGACUGGUGGGGUGGGGGUGUCAGAACAAGCCGAGCCUGCUGAGGGCCAGUGCCCGACCCCACCGCCUGAUGAUGAUGGUGCUGCCCAGCCAUGCCCAACACCCCAGACAGAAGAUGCCAGUUCAGCCAAGAAACUCUCAGUUGACCUGCCUAAUGAUAGCGUGCCGGCCAUGGGGAGAAAAGACUCAGUGUGGUCUCUGGGGGAGGGCCAGGCGCCGGAGGACCUGGACAAGCCCAUCGACAACCCGCCGCUGUCCAUCCUGCUGAUAGAGAAGCCUCAAAGCGCCAGCGUCCCUGUGGGCGGAGACAUCACUUUUGUUGCCAAGGUGGAGGCCAAGGACCUUCUCCGUAAACCCACUAUCAAGUGGUUCAAAGGGAAAUGGAUGGACCUGGCCAGCAAAACAGGGAAGCACCUACAGCUGAAAGAGACCUUUGAGCGAGCCACUAAGAUCCACACAUUCGAGAUGCACAUCAUCAAGGCCAAAGAGAACUACGCAGGGAACUACCGGUGCGAAGUCACCUACAAGGACAAGUUUGACAGCUGCUCGUUCGAUUUGGAAGUUAAAGAAACGGAGCAGGGCACGCAGAAUAUUGACAUUCGAUCGGCUUUUAAGAGAAGCAGUGAAGGACAAGAAGAUGCAGGGGAGCUUGACUUUAGUGGUCUCCUUAAGCAUAGGGAGCCGAAACAGCAGGACGACACCCCGGAGGUGGACGUGUGGGAGAUCCUGAAGAACGCCCGCCCCGACGAGUACGAGAAGAUCGCCUUCAUGUACGGUAUCACAGACCUGAGGGGUCUGCUGAGACGGAUGAAGAAGAUUCCCAAAGAGGAGAAGAAGAGUGAAGCAUUUGCCAAGAGGCUCGAGCCGGCUUACCAGGUGGACAAAGGUGGGAAGAUCCGCCUGGUGGUUGAUCUGGCCGACCCAACAGUCGACCUGAAGUGGUACAAGAACGGACAGGAAAUCAGGCCCACUCCGAAUCAAAGGAAGUAUAUUUUUGAGCAUAAGGGCACUCAGAGGAUUAUGGUCAUUAACAACUGCACCAUGAACGAUGAUGCAGCCUACGCUGUAGCUGCAGGAGAUGAGAAGUGCACCACUGAGCUGUUUGUCAAAGAGUUGCCCGUUAAGAUAAUAAAAGGUAUAGAGCCUGUGAAGACUACGGUGAAUGAGAGGAUUGAGCUGGAGUGUGAGGUGUCAGAGGAAGGGGCUCAAGUCAAAUGGAUGAAAAAUGGCGUUGAGGUCCCAACAGGCGUGCGCUCCAGAUACCGGGUUAAGAGUGAGGGAACCAAGCACUACUUGGUGAUUGAUGAUGCCUCCAGAGAGGAUACGGGAACGUACUCCAUCAUGGCCACUGGCGGCACGUCUGAGGCUCACGUACAGGUUGACUUGAAACCUCUAAAGGUUUUCGUGGACCUGCAGGAUAUGACGGUGAUGCUGGGCCAACCCAUCAAACUGCACUGUGAGAUCUUCCCAGGCAACGUCCCAGGCCGGUGGUACAGGAACGGGCAGCUGAUCCAGCCCAACGACCGCAUCAACAUCAUACACAGAAACAAAGUCCACAGACUUGAAAUUGAGACCAGCUCACUUCAUGAUGCAGGAGAUUACACCUUUGUACCUGAGGGAUAUUCACAGAGUCUCUCAGCCAAAAUCCACAUCAUUGACCCGCCUAGGGUGCACUUAGACAGCUUGAACCUCCCAGACAACACUAUGACAGUGGUGGCAGGAAACAAACUUCGCUUGGAGAUCCCCAUUAGUGGAGAACCAGCACCACGAGUGGUGUGGAUGAAGGGAGAACGGGUAAUUCUUGAAUCAGGCCACCGUGUUCGAGCUGAAACAUACGGUGACCAAACGAGUCUGACGAUUGAGAUCACAGAGAGGGAGGACUCUGGAAACUACAAAAUAGUCCUGCAGAAUGAGGCGGGAGAGGCCUCCGCCAGCAUCAAAAUCAAGGUCGUGGACAUCCCGGAUCCUCCAGACGCUCCUCUAGUCCCAGUGGUGGGUGGUGACUGGUGUUCUAUGACAUGGGAACCUCCGAAAUAUGAUGGAGGUUCACCAAUUUUAGGUUACUUUAUUGAGAGAAAAAAGAAACAGAGCUCCAGAUGGAUGAGACUGAACUUUGACCUAAUCAAAGAAACCUCAUUCGAGCCCAAGAAGAUGAUUGAAGGUGUGCCGUAUGAAGUGAGGAUCUUUGCCAUCAAUGCGAUAGGUGUGUCCAAGCCCAGUGAACCGUCUAAAGCGUUUACCCCUCUUGCUGUCACCAGCGAACCCACCAUGCUGGUUGUGGACGACGUCACCGACACCACAGUGACUGUGAAAUGGCGUCCUCCAGAAACCAUCGGAGCUGCUGGUCUGGAUGGGUACUUGGUGGAGUACUGCAUCGAAGGAACCAAUGACUGGGUGGUAUCCAACAAGGAACUGACUGAAAAGACCAAAUACACGAUCACUGGUCUGAGCCCAGGGUGCAAGAUUUUAGUGCGAGUCAAGGCCAUCAACGCCGCCGGAGCCAGCGCUCCUCGGACGCUUCAGCACUCUAUCCUGGUCAAAGAAGUCAUUGAACCACCCAAGAUCCGCGUCCCCCGACACCUCAAGCAGACAUACACCCGCAGAGUUGGAGAAACAGUCAACCUUGUGGUGCCUUUCAUGGGCAAACCGCGGCCGAAGGUCACCUGGCUGAAGGAGGGCAAACCCAUAGAGCCCUCGCACGUCAGCAUCCGUAACACAGACUGUGACAGCAUCAUCUUCAUCCGUAAGGCCGAACGCAGCCACUCUGGGAAGUAUGAGAUGACAGUGCAGGUUGAAAACCAUAAGGACACAGCAAUAAUAGACAUACAGAUUGUAGACCUGCCUGGACCCCCUCAGUGUGUCACAAUUGAAGAUGUGUGGGGAGGAAACGUUGCUCUGGUCUGGACCCCUCCCAAAGACAACGGCAACGCUCCAAUAACAGGCUACACCAUUCAAAAGGCGGACAAGAAGACGAUGGAAUGGUUCACAUGCAUCGAACACUACCACCGCACCUGCAUCACCAUCACCGAGCUGGUGGUCGGCAACGAGUACUUCUUCAGGAUCUUCUCGGAGAAUAUGUGCGGCCUGAGUGAAGCUGCCACUCAAACCAAGAAGAGCGCCCUGAUCGUCAAAGAAGGCUUGCAGGUGAAGACGCCCGAGUACAACGACCGCGACUUUAAGGAGGCGCCGAAGUUCACGCAGCCGCUCAUCAACACGUUCGCCAUUGCCGGUUACAACACUACUCUGAACUGUAGCGUCCGUGCAAACCCGAGGGCCAAAGUGGUCUGGAUGAAGAAUAAGAUCAUCAUCUUAGACGACCCACGCUACCGCAUGUUCAGCAACCAGGGAGUAUGCACUCUGGAGAUCAGGAAGCCCAGUCCUUAUGACGGAGGCUUAUACACCUGCAAGGCCAUCAAUGACCUGGGAGAAGCCCAAGUGGACUGCAAGCUGGAGGUCAAAGUCCAAAUGCAAGAAUUGUGAAUGUAUGUUCUCAUAGAAGGAGGUUUCAGCUUCUUCGAACUCAUGCAGCGUGGAGUGCCCCUAAACUUGAUUGACAAGUACAUGAACGAGACAAAAAUUGUCGAGCAGGACAAGUAACAAAUGUGCAAUAAGACACUUAAGUGAUAUUCUUUUCUAAGCUGCUGACGUCAGCAGCUUGAAGGUGGAUAGCAAGAUGGAUCAAGAGGUGUGGGGAGGGGUGUACUGUGGUGUGGCAUGCUGUGUGCAGGUGUGGAGCUAGUUACUGUAGAAAAUAAAAGCCAUUUUUUUUGUCACGUGGUUGCGUUUGAAAGUCUCCGUGUCAGCUCAGAUGCAUGUUGGCAGUGUUUUGGGGGAAUGUAUAACUAUAGUUUGGUGUUUGUAUGACAUCAAGGUAUUUUUAUACAGACAGUAAAGCUUUUAGCAACAUUAGACACAGUAAAUGAAUAUGUUGAGUCUUCUUUUGAAGACAAAUCAUGUUAAUGUGAAUGUUUAUUUCACUUUUUUGUGGUUAUUUAUUUGUGAAAAUGUAGACGUUUAUGCACAGUCCAUUACAUAUUCUGCAUGACACAUGAUUUUUGAAUUCACACUGCACUUGAGGCUUGAUUGAACCUCAGUCAUGUGUGAAAGCCUUUAACUUUGUAAUUAAGACAUGUGGAUUACAAUUAAAGUACAUUCAGAAAUUA